AUGGCGGACGAACCUCUGACACUGUUUCUGAAGCUGUUCGCCGCCGGGUUUUACGGGCUGAGCUCCUUCCUGAUCGUCGUGGUGAACAAAAGUGUGCUCACCAACUACAGGUUCCCCUCUUCAAUAUGUGUGGGGAUAGGACAAAUGCUGGCCACCGUGGUCGUGCUGUGGGUGGGCAAGGCUGCGAGGGUGAUCACCUUCCCCGACUUUGAUGAGAACAUAUUUGUCAAGACAUUUCCUCUACCUCUCCUUUAUGUGGGAAAUCAAAUUACUGGUCUAUUUGGAACCAAAAGGCUGAAUCUGCCGAUGUUUACUGUCCUCAGGAGGUUCUCCAUUUUGUUCACCAUGCUAGCGGAGGGAUUUUUGCUCAAGAAGAAUUACUCCAGACGAGUCCAGCUGACAGUAUUUACAAUGAUCCUUGGAGCAUUUGUAGCUGCGAGUGCCGACCUGUCCUUCGAUCUGGAAGGAUACAUAUUCAUUCUUAUGAACGAUGUCCUGACUGCAGCCAACGGAGCGUAUGUGAAACAAAAAUUGGAUGCGAAGGAGUUGGGAAAAUAUGGAUUAUUGUAUUAUAAUGCAUUAUUUAUGAUACUUCCCACUUCGCUGUUGGCUUACAUGACUGGGGAUAUAGAGAAGGCAGUGAAUUACGACGGUUGGUCAGACGCGUUUUUCCUCUUCCAGUUCAUCCUCUCCUGUGCCAUGGGAUUUGUGCUCAUGUACUCCAUUGUGCUUUGCACACAAUACAACUCGGCUUUAACAACUACGAUCGUGGGCUGCAUUAAGAAUGUCCUGGUGACGUACAUUGGGAUGGUAUUUAGUGGAGACUACAUCUUCUCUUGGACCAACUUCAUAGGUUUGAACAUCAGUAUCGCUGGAAGUCUGGUGUAUUCCUACAUCACGCUAACAGAGGAGCAAUCCAGCAAAGCGCCUGAAAACACCAAGAUGGAAAUCAAGGGCAAGGUGGUCGUAUGACCGAGACACUGGAUUUUUUUCUUUUUUCUUCCCUUUUGCUGACAGACAAGAAAACAUUUUUUGUUUUUUUGUUUGGUAUGACUUUAUUUAUGGAGCAUUGAUCAGUAGCGGAGAUGUGGGAGUGGCAGGAACUGUGUUUCAGAAACCUGUCUGCUGUCAUCCAGCGUCUCCUUCUGCUGCCAUGGUUACGAAACCUCUCAGAGGGGUCAUAGGUCAUUUGUAGAUGGUGUUUUUCCUUUUAAAUAUUUGUAUUUUGAUACUGUACUUGUUAAAUAUUGGAAACAAGGGAACACAGAGCUUGUGCUAUUGAUAUUUAGACUCUGAAAACUUCAGUGUUGGGGAAACUGUUACAGUGUUUGAAAGCAGGCGAUCCUAUCGGCUGUUUUCAAGCAUCGCUGUCCGAGGCUAACUCAUGGGAAUAAUAAGUAAUGGCUAUUUUGAAGGCACAAUCCUUCUUUGAUACUGCCUUUUCAGUUUUGCUGUUUACAAGGAAUGUAACUUUAGAUGCCUUCUGAGCACAGCGAGAUGCACUCACACUGUCAUUUUCUGUUGUUUCAGUCUUUAUCGGAGGACAUUUCUUAUUUUUCUUACACUGAUACAGGCUCGUUCCAGACCGACGGUACCGACGGUGAUCUAACCUCAACCCUCAAACUACCAAAGUAGAUGGUGAGCGGGCUGUUGGUUCACAACAGGGAGCAUGGCUCAAAGUUUCCUCCCUCUUUUUUUGGGGGGGAUUCUGAUCUGAAAUGACAGUUUACAUUUUGCUCCCUUUGUAUUAGAGAAUGUUACUUGUGCACUCUUCAAAGCUGUACCUGCUUAUCCCUAUGCAGAAUUAACAUGCAGUACCUGUACUUAAAGGGUUUGUUGUUUGUCACUGGGAGGUCUAUUCAGGUGUUUCUAUUUCACGUUAUGGCACUUUUAACUGAGGUGGCACCUGCAAAGAGGUGGAAACAAACGGACCCACUUUCUGUUACAUUCACUGUUGGGAUUGAGAUUAAGAUUUAUGUACUUUCCUUACAUGUAGGUUUAUGGGUUGUUGUUUUAUUUUUUGUUUUUGUGAGUAUUAAAACAGGAUCUUGGUUAUUUAAACAUUUAAUAAUCAGGUACGAGUGUUGGCUCUUUUUUUUUGUUUUUUUUUUUUACUUUUUUAUCUGCAUCAUUUUGUAUUUAUUACUUUUUGGACUAAUUCUUUUUCCGGGGGGAUUUGCUGGUGAAGUGUCGAUGAGGAUCUCAUCUCAAACAGAGUAAUGAGGAAUUUGUAGCUGAAACACAUUGAUGUAUUUUUGCAUUAAAAAUUCUGUUCUCA